CACUGGGGAGAAGCCUAUGUAUGUAAACAAGGUGGGAAAGCUUUCAUCAGACAAGAUACUUAUCAAUUACAUGAAGGAAGUCACGCUGGAGAGAAACGUUAUGUAUGUCAGCAAUGUGGGAAAGGUUUCAGCAGACAAUAUAGUUGUCAAAUACAUGAACGAACUCACACUGGGGAGAAACCCUAUGUAUGUAAGCAAUGUGGGAAAGCUUUCAUCACGCGAAAGGACUGCCAAAGACAUGAAAGGACACAUACUGGGGAGAAACCUCAUGAAUGUAAACAAUGUGGGAAAGCUUUCAGCACAAACAAGGACUGUCAAAGACAUGAGAAGACUCACACAGGGGAGAAACCGUAUUUAUGCACACAAUGUGGGAAAACCUUCAGCAUACAUGGUAGUUGCCAAAGGCAUGAAAGAAAUCACACUGGAGAGAAACCCUAUGCAGUUAAGCAAUGUGAGAAAGCUUUUAGCACACAAAGCUGUUGUCAAGUACAUGAGCAAACGCACACUGGGGAGAAACCCCAUAUGUCUAAGCAAUGUGGUAAAGCAUUCAGCACACAAAGCUAUUGUCAAAUACAUGAACGGUCUCACACUGAGGAGAAACCCCAUGUAUGUACACAAUGUGGGAAAGCUUUCAGCACACAAAGCACACAUGGUAGUUGUCAAAUACAUGAAAGAAGUCACACUGGGGAAAAACCCUAUGUAUGUACACAAUGUGGAAAAGCUUUCAGUGCACAUAGUAGUUGUCAAAGGCAUGAAAGAACUCACACUGGGGAGAAGCCCUAUGUGUGUAAGAAGUGUGGAAGAGCUUUCAGCAGGCAUAGUCAUUGUCAAAAACAUGAAAAGGCUCACACAGGGGAAAAGCCCUAUGUAUGUACACAAUGUGGGAAAUAAUGUGGGAAAGCUUUCGGCACAAACAAAGAUUGUAAAAUACAUGAAAGAAGUCACACUGGAGAGAAACCCUAUGUAUGUAAGCAAUGUGGGAAAACUUUCAGUAGACAUAGUAGUUGUUGAAUACAUGAAAGAAGUCAUACUGGGGAGAAACCCCAUAUAUGUAAGCAAUAUGGGAAACCUUUUGGCACAAACAAGGAUUGUAAUAUACAUGAAAAGUCACACUGGAAAGAAACCCUACGCAUGUACACAACGUGGGAAAGCUUUCAGUACCCGUGA